AUGAAGCUCCAGGCAUUAGGUCUCUUUGAGACGAUGUCGUGUCGCAAGCGUUAUGUGCCCCUGGACUUCGAAGGAGACAAGAAACGAAUCAAGGUCUCAUUGACUUCUUAA